UGGAGUCCAGUCUACUAAAACAACAUUUUAUCCUACUAGUGAACUCACCAGUUACAAUGAUGAACCUAAGUGAGCUGCCACAGCCCUCGUAUUUAUCUGAGGAAGAAACUGUGCCUGAUGAAGAUGCCAUUAAUUCCCAGGAUCAAAAGGGGUUGUUAAAAGAAAAGGCAGUCUUUUUCCUGCCUGUUGAGAAGCUAGACCUGAGUGAACUGAGAAAGUCCACCGAUUCCUCGGAAGACUGGCCGGGUGAGGAAGAAAUCAAGCGCUUCUGGAAGCUGAGGCAGGAGAUCGUUGAGCAUGAACAAGCAGAAGUGCUUGAAAACCAGCUCUUAGCGAUGGAAUUGCCUCCAAAUCUCAGGGCAGCAUUAAACAUGAAGGAGAAAGAACAUUCCAGCCCAAGACAUGUGCUCAGCGUGGGCCAUCCCAGGGUGAGUGUGCAUCGCAGGGGCUGUGAUUGUAGAAGGAAGAGGCCCUCCAUCAGGAGCGUCCUGCCUGCCCUGGUACCAUCGCAGCUCGCGGGGCUCCCCCCCAGGAGGCCCCAGGAGAGCAGGGCUGUGGCCAUCCGGGAGCACUGGGAGAAGCAGGUGGUGAUGGAGCAGCGGAGACGGUCUUUUCUAAGGAAAGGUAUGCGCUGCAGACGUGCACACAGAGACAGUUCACUCUUGCCCCGCCUCGUUGGCCGUGUCGCUGGCUGUGGCGGCUUCGGUCUGCCCCCCAGGAGCCUGGCUGGGGCCUGUCCUCACGGCCGCCUCUGUCCUCCAGCUCCGCCGACCACCUGUCUCCAUUGUGCUCUGGGCCCCGGGAGGCUGUCCAGCAUGGACUGCAUCCACAGCACCCCAGUGCCCCUCUCCUUCUGGCUGGGUUUGGCCAGUGGGGGGCCCCAGCAGGAGGUUGGAGAGGAGGUGGAGAGGGAGGGCAGGGUCUUUAUCCCCCCCAUGCCUCCCUGUGAAUCUGCCUGGGUCCCUCCUCCUGGGGCUUGGGGUGGCUGCAGCCCCUGCCCCAGCCCCGGGCCCCUGCUCUGUCCCUGGGGGCCGUCCGCCACUGCCCAUGUGAAUAAACCUCCUCCAGUGGCCUCAAAGAUUCCCUUUGCCACGGAUGUGAUAGAUGAGAAAAUGCCAGUGAAUCUGUCUGGAAAAAUGAGGCCAAGCAAAGAGAAGUCGUCAAGAGCAAGUAAAGACAAGAGUGCCUUCCGAGCGGGGCAUCUAGAAGAAAACCUAAAACAGCACAUUCAGAAAGUACACAAAUGCAGAAGAGGGCUCCAGGGGACGGAGCCACUCGAAAUCAGGCAGGCUGCGCAGGAUUUGGAGAUUGCUAGAAAGCUGCAGGGCGAAGUGAGGAAACUGAGGCUGGGACUGAGCUGGACGAGAAGCCGCCAGCUGACCGCUCUCGCUGGACACCUGCCGCUCCACGCACCUGCAUCUCGGCCUUGGGAUACACUGUUCAACAUGAAGUAGUAAGAGGAGAGCUGACAGAUGCUAAGGAGCGAGUAUCACUUGUGCUGACCGAAAGUCUUCAGACCUGACAAGUUGGUUUAGCAGCUCGUGAGCCCACCAAGUGCCCGCUUCCAAGCGUCUGGGGGGGAGGGGACGGGUCCGACGCCACCCCCGGGCGGUUGUUCACGGCCUCAGCUGCGUGGCUGCUUCAGAGGCUGCGCCAGGUUUAAGCUGGAUUAAAGGAGAGAAUACGGUAAACAAGCCAUGCGGUUUUCACUCCCGUGCCCACGUCUCUGCAGAUCCGCCUGACGACAUGUUUUGGUGUCAGCCCCUGUCCCCCCCACCCCUGCCGCCCUGGUCACCCAUGUGACCCUCAUGUCCACUGACUCAUGCGUUUCAGUUGGGAGGGGGCAGAAGUCCAUGGGUCCCCUCCCUGCACCUGGCACUGCUCUUCUUUGGCCUCACGCUUCCUGCUUGCACACCUCUGCCCCUGUCCGCCCUUCGCAGCCCGCCCUCACCCAGGCCAGUCAGACCCUGCCCAACUUACUCUCUGCAGGACCGUCUGAUUGAGUGUUAAAUAAAUUCCAGGCCUUAACCUCGAAAA